CCCUCCUUCCCCUCCCACACCUCUAGGAGUUCGCAGAGCAUACAAUGUAACCUCCCAUAUUGACACUGAGGUAUCUCCCACGUAUUCUGGACAACAGCACUCGCUGCUCUCCCCACAGCUGCAGCCCAUCCGACACAUCAUCUCCGCUCCGCAAUGUCUACCCCCGGAAUCUCCAGCAGCUUGCCGACGACUCCAGAUGGAGCAGAGACGCCCGACAGCGGGCAAGACCAGAGGGAUGCCGAGAUAGUGGAUCGACAUCUGCCUGAUGGUUAUGCUGCCACCUCGGAUGCGCUGACGUACGGAGACGAAGACCCUGCGCCCACUCCGGCAUCAGAGGCGAGUGAGCAACCCGUGCAGUCCUCUCUCACCCUGCAGGGCGGCGAUAUGCACCGCGACAUUUUUAAGAUCAAAGCGCGAGGCGUGCGCCCCAGACGCUCCAACACCUUCUCCGCCAUGCACAGCCCCUCCCUUCACGCCGUCGAUUAUCGUAGCGUGGCCGAGCAGCGGCAACCGCAGGGCUUUCGCCGGCAAUACAUCCAGCAGCAAGCCUUGAAACGCUCGAUGAGCGAAGCUGCACUCCCAAUGACCGGCAACUUUGUGUCCUUCCUCGAGCUGUAUGGGAGCUUUGCGGGCGAAGAUCUCCAGGAUACUGACGAGGACGACGAAUCCGCUAUCGACGAAGAGUCUGGUCCCUCCGAACAGCAGCCACUCCUCGGCCGGAACAAGAAGAAGCAACGCCGCAUCAAAGCAGGCGAUGCAGGCCCCACCAAAACCUUCUUCACUCUGCUCAAAGCCUUUGUCGGCACGGGAAUCAUGUUUCUUCCAAAAGCCUUCCGAAAUGGCGGCAUCCUCUUCUCUUCCAUCACACUGGUCACGGUCUCAAUUGUCACCACCAUUUGCUUCACCCUGCUUCUACAGUGCCGCCAGAAGUAUGGAGGCGGAGGCUACGGCGAGCUUGGUGGAACGGUCGUUGGCCCGAAGAUGCGCUCCAUUAUCCUCGGCUCCAUCACCCUCUCGCAGCUGGGAUUCGUAUGUGCCGGGUUGAUCUUCACGGCAGAGAACCUCCUUUCCUUCCUGAAUGCCGUUACAUACUCUGCAAAUCUGGAGCAGCCCUUCGGAACGAACGCCCUCAUCGCUAUCCAGUUCGUCCUUCUGAUCCCCUUGGCCCUCAUUCGGAACGUCUCCAAACUCGGCCCGUACGCACUACUUGCCGAUGUAUUCAUCGGCAUCGGCCUCGUCUACAUUUACUACUACGACUUUUCCAGCUUGUCUUCGAUCGGCGUGGCGCCGAGCGUGACAUUGUUCAACCCAAAUUCCUUCACCCUGACCAUCGGCUCGGCAAUCUUCACGUUCGAAGGCAUCGGUCUUAUUCUACCGAUCCAGUCGUCCAUGAAAGAGCCCGAAAAGUUCAGCUAUCUGCUCUACGCUGUGAUGUCCAUCAUCACCGUCAUUUUCACCUCGGUUGGCGCCCUCUGCUACGCCACGUUCGGCGACGAGACGAAGAUUCAGAUCAUCUCCAACUUCCCACAAGACAGCAAACUCGUCAACGCGGUGCAGUUCCUGUACUCUUUGGCCAUCCUUGCCGGCGAGCCGGUGCAGCUGUUCCCCGCCACGCGUAUCAUCGAGACCAGCCUAUUCGGCGAGAAGGCCACGGGCAAGAAGAGCAAAACGAUCAAGUGGAAGAAGAAUGCCUUGCGCACUGCCCUCAUGAUCAUGUGUGGUGGCAUUGCCAUAGUCGGUGCCAGCGAUCUGGACAAAUUCGUGUCUCUCAUUGGCGCUUUCGCAUGCAUCCCGCUGGUGUACAUCUAUCCACCGCUGCUACAUUACAAAGGCAUGGCUACCAAGAAGAUCACCAAGGCAUUCGACAUAUUGCUCCUGGUGCUGGGGGUGGUGGCGAUGGCGUACGAAUCGGUCAUGGUCAUCAAGCAAUGGGUAUCGACUUGACGGGCGAAAAAGCCCGGCUUUACACGCACAUGCGAGGAAGAUAUCGCCGGCCGCCCUCAGAGACGUACAGUCUUAUCGAAGAACAAUGACAGGAUCUGUUUAUUCAUGUUCGAUUUCCUCCAAAUGCUUAGGCCAGCUUGCACUGGUGCACUCGCCAUGGAGAGUUGCCUACAUAUACAUGUGCACGUGUGCUCAAUGUGAGGAGUUGCCGCUACGGGGAGAGAUCCGACUCGCUUUACACACAGGCCGAUGUAGCCCUGCAAUUGGGUUUAAGGUCGAGAAAAGCAUUGCUAUUUUGAUAAUAGUCACAGUCAAGGUGGUGCGAACGGGUGAGCAAGUGGAGGUUUAUUUGGCGUCGGUGUAACGCUGCACAGGGUCCAGUGUGCAC